CCUUUUUUUUGGCCUAGUUUGAUUUAAUCUUUGAGGGGUGUGUACUUGUGUCAUUUUACAGUGUUAUUUUUGAUUUGUGGUCGCUGUGUGGGACAUCGCUGUAGUACUGUGGGGUAUCUUGUAUGAAAAUAAGUUCCUGUAUAAAAUUUUCUAAUCUUUUGGAUUGUUGGCGAGGCAGGAAAGAUGAUGACUGAACAAGAUUUCCCAAAUCCUCAGGUCACCACUACGGUGACCACUUCAAACACAACUGUUCAGACCAACAUCAGGUUUGAUCCCUUGUACAUCCGCACCAUACCUGGCAUCUUGAAAGUCGUGCAGAUUGUGUUGAACUUGCUAGGUUUCAUCUGCAUCACCAUAUCUCCGUACAGAUACCACUCUCGUAAUAGCUGGUUCAAUACGGUCGCCAUGACUGGCUUCUGGUUCACUGGCAUCAUGUUGGCACUCUACUUGUUCCACAUCAUAGAGAAGUUCUACAGGAUCCCGUGGCUCAAGAUUGAAUUUUGCUUCUGCGCCCUCUGGACCUUCUUCUACCUGAUUGCAGCAUCGUUGGCUGCCGAUCAGGGCAGAUACGACGAAGCUUCUGGGGCGGCAGCGUUCUUUGGGUUUGUGGCCAUGGUGGCUUACGGCUACGAUGCGUUCCUGAAGUUCACCGGCGUGCGCUCGGGCAGCCUGGCCCAGGGCGAGCGUGUCGUGUCCAAGUCCACGAGCACCGUCACGUCCCCGGCGUACUGAGCCGCGCGGCGUCGCGCCGCCGCGGCAACGCACUACAUUCCCUCCCCCCCCGCCCGGCUUCUCGUUCGUCUGCACUGCAGCUGUCCUCUCGGGUAUCAACCGCGAGCAAGUGGAAGAAGGUCUCGUCGAGACGUUUCGAGAGGACCACGUGAUGAGAUUUUUACUUUUUGUGACACUUGUCUCGUACUACUGGAAGCAAUAAUAUACAAGAUCUGUUUGAAUCUGCGCGGUGCUUGCUUAUGAGAAGUUUUCACCUUAUUGUUUGCGUGCGAUGCUUAUUUUGUUUUGAAUGUAUCUAUAUAAAUAAGUGAUGUGUAAGCUCUUAAAUUUGUCUGGUUCUCGGUUUGGUUCCCAGUUCGUGAAAAUCGGUUUUCUGUUUAACCUGCACGCUAUUUCCUGUUUAGAGAUUAAAUUUACAAUAAAAUACUGAAACUCAUUUAUAGCAGUAGCAACAACACACAAAAAUAAAUUGCACGUUACAUAUAAUGGGUAGGCCUUGCUUCCUGCGUUAUCAAAGGUCUGUUAAAAUAGUAAUUUACACUAAAGAUUUAUUGGUCAAGUUAGUGAUGUUUUUUUCAAUGGCAAAUGUUAGAUUUUUUUGUUCUCGUGGAACCAAGGACCGAGAUCUGGGACAGACACAUCUCUUAUAAAAACAAUUAAAACUACUGCUUUGCAAAAUACAUAUUAUGAAACAGUUUUGACUUGCAGUUCUUUGGGAGAUAUAUUUAUAAAUAAUAUUUAUCAGGGAAAGUUUUGGAAGUAUUUAUCUGUAAUGUUCAGAGAUUGGAAAAACAAUAUUUUUUUGUUAUUAAACUUUAUGUACCUUUGUAAACAGUAUUUAUCAUAGCUAAACUGUUACUUGUCAAAGUUUGUUAAUAGAUCACAUAUAAUUAUGAUGUGUUAUAGAUAUUGUAAUUGUGUUGUACAAAUGAGUAGAGCUAAUUGCUUUAAAUACUAGCAAAUUUUUUAAAUAGCUAAUUUGUUUUUCUUAAAUAUUUGCCUUUCUCACUAAUAAUUUCAGUGCAUUUUUUAUGGUUGAUAAGCUUUAAGCUGAAGUUAUUUUGUACUUUAUCUGUAGCUUGUAUAUACUAGCAAUCUUAGUCAGUAUUUAUUUGAGAAUUGUAAUUUUUUGUUAUGGACUUUUUUAUUGUUUUUGUUUAAUUAAUUUUUUUUUUCAUUGAAUUAUUUUAAAUGAUGUAAAUCUUUAAGUGAUCAUCAUAUAUUUGAAAUAAAAGUGUUAAGCAUUGUUAAUGCAUUGUCUCGUACCAUAUUCAUAACAUAAGUCAUAACUGUAUGGUUUUCAACAGAUUAAGUGAUAUGAUAUAUACCAGAAAAAAAUAUUUUUUUUCAUUGAAAUCUUAAUAUGUUUAUGAUUAAUAUCUAAAAACCAUUUGGAUAAACUAAUUUUUAUGUCUAAUAAAUUGCAUAAAGACUUAAGUUUUGUGAUGAUUCCAUUGGUUCUGAUUGUAUCUUGAUACAGAAUCUAAGAAAAACACAUGGGGAGGUUUGAAGUUAAAGUGAAUUGUUUGAUUAUAAGUGCAUGCUAAAUUUUAGCUAUGCAACUGAAGCUCUAAAAAUGGCCAGUGUAUUAUUCAGUUAUUUAGCACUAGUUAUGUGUUAGUAGAAAGUAUGUUAUGCGUACAACUCAACUAGCAGAAAUUUUGCAUUAGGUAGGUAUUUUAAAAAUGUAGGUCAUUAAUUGGGUAAUAUUUACAAGUGCUUCAGUAACAAAACAUUGCAUUACCUAAUUUUUAUUUUUGGUAUUUCUUGAGUUAAUGCAAAUAUUGUAUCAGUGGUCAGCAGUUAGCAUUGUUAGUUCGACAAUACAUAAUGAAUAAGACAGUGGUCUUAAUUCUGUUACAUGGAUUAUGCUUGUUACUGUUGCUAAUUUGGUGUUCUUAUGUUUUAAUAUGAAACACUUUAUUUUCUUCCAUAUUUUUAACACGUGAGAUUUGACUAUAGUGUGGAAAAAUGUACGAGAAGUAAAUCUUGUUCAACUGCUGUUAAUUCUUCUCUCGUCAUCAAGAGUUUAGCUGAUACUAUUAAGAGUACCAUUUUUAUAUUUAAUGAUUGUAUUGGUUUGCCAGCAGUGCUGCUUCAGUAUUUUUUUAAUUGAUAGAAGUAUUAUAUAUAUGAUCUCUCUCUGUGUGUGUGUGUACACACACACACGCGCAUUCAUACAUGCCUGGGCUUAGAAAAUUACAUGGCCUGUGAUUUCAAUUCUAUGGCCAUCUCUGAGCGAGUUCACAGACAUUCAGAACGGCUGAUAUCAGUAAUCAUUUAGGAUGGUUUUCAGCCAAUGUGUAUUUUGUUUCCCCCUAAAAUAUUUUAAUGGAAGUUCUGUGAACUCGGAAGCUUAAAUCUCAUGAAAGUUUGACAACCUGGGAGAAUUCCUGCGAUAUAACCAGAAUUAAACUUCCCCCCCCCCCCCCCCCCCUUCAAAUGUGGAAGUGAUUCUGCAAUGUUCAGUUAAUCUAUAGCACCACAGUGUUUUAGCAGUUGAAUGUUUAAUAAUAUAGCCAUCUUUUUUUUUUUUUAUUUAAAAGGAAACGUGGGUGCAUAUUCACAUUUAUAGCUGAAAUAUUGAUUAUUGUGUCAUUGGUUGUGCGAGGUGUUCAGCUAAUGCAUAUAAUCACAGGUAAUGUAAUACUAAGUAUAUAUCCUAAUUUAUGAGGAGAAAAUUAUCUACAACUUAAUUAAAAAAAAAACAGAUUUUUUUUUUAUCUGCUUACACAGUUUAUGUACUUUAUUUUUAUACCAGUUGAUACUACCAAGAAGUUAUUGUUAGUAAAAUUACUAGCAAUGUGUUGAUUUCAGUAUUUUAUCAUUUCCGAUUCCAGUGCAGAGCUUGUCAAUCUACUUAUCAGUUCGAAGGUUAGUUCUGGAUUAUUUUUCAAACGUAUUCAGUGUACCCAAAAAUGAUUUAUUAAAACAUACCUUAUUAAGAAUGUAUGAAACAUUUUAUUAUUUAAGUAGUAAAUGGGAUUUUGUAAUAACUUACAAUAAAAAAGGGCAUUUUGAAGCAUAACAAAAAGCAAACGCUGAAAUCUGAAAAUUUAUUUUAAAACCCUAAGUUCACUACUGGGUAAUAUGAUUGAGGCCAAGUAAGCAUGUUCCCAACAUUGUUUUAGAUUUAUUUCAAUGUCAUGUUGUAUGUAACAUUUAUUUCUAUACUAGAUUCUGUUCAAAGCUAUUUAUAUAUUCUCUUUUAUUCUAGGUCAACCAUUAAUUUGAAGUCACCUGAUAUUGUGGUAUGACGUAUGAGUGGUUUCCUGGUCGUGCAAGGUUGACUGGUAUUCAAAACCACAUGAUCUUGUGAUAGCGAGGUUCCUUGGUUGUACUCGAUUACCUCAUAUAUGAGGUUUCUUGGUACAUAUUUGAGUUUGCCUGGUAGUCACCUAGUUUGGGAAAGCAUCUUCUGGUAUUCAAAAGUCAACUAAUAUUGUGAUAUGUGUGUGGUUGCCUGAUUAUAAAGGGUUGCUUUGUUGUAUGAUGUAACCUGAUAUGUGAGGUUGCCUGGUAUUCGAGGUCUCCUGGUUUUACGUGGUCACCUUGUUAUACUAGGCCGCCUGGUAUGCAAGGUCACUUGGUAUUCGAGGUUGCCUGGUAUAAUUAGGUCACCUGCUAUCACAUUAUGCAAGGUUGCCUGGUAUUUGGAGUCACCUGAUUAUGUAAUGUUGCCUAGUAUUCUAGUUUAUCUGAUAUCAUGUUACUAGUUUUCCUGGUUGUCGGAGGUUGUCUUGUUACGCAUGGUUGCCUGGUGUGCAAGCUAGCAUACUUAAGCACUCUUUAUUUUUGAACUUAACAUUUUAAAACAGAUAUUCUAUAAUUAUUAAUAGUAACUUAAAAUUUUAUUUCUCUGAUUCUAAUUGCUAAUUGAAGAAUACUAAAAUGUAUUCAAAGUCAUGUUUUUUUUUUUUUUUUGGUUUUAUGAAGUUUUGAAUAAAUUAUUUUAGCAUUUAUAGUAUAAUGGUUUUUACAAUAAAUGUAAAACUAGCAUUGGAAAUCAGUAUUGUUGAUGUGGAUAGCUAUUUGAAAGUGAGAGAAAUUUUUUUAAAAUUAUUUGUACUGUGCUGAAUAAUUUAUGGGUAGAUAAAUGAAAAUGUUUUAAAUAACAAAAAAAAAAAGACAACUUAAAGCAGCAUAGUUGAAAAAUUACAGAAGUACAGAUAUUUAUGAAUUGCAUACCAUUUUAAAAAUAGUUUUAACUAAAACAUUAAAUUCUUAAGUUAAAUUUUUGGUACCUUCUGUGUGUUUGGCAUUCUAGUGAACUUAAUUUUUUUAUAUAUAAAUUUUACUGUGUAAAAGAAUUUCUUAUAUUAUGAUCUAAGGAGCAAUUUGAUUGGUGUAAAUUUACUAGCUGUACUUAGAGCAAAGGGCAAGAGACAUAUCAGGUUAUCACCAGUCAUAGUUAUUUCUUAGAGAAUGUAUUCAGCUUUGCUACUUUUGACAUAUCAGAUGAACGUAAAGAAGACUUUUUUGUGCACCUGUUCAAUGAAUUGAAGCUUUCAUGAGCUGGCCGGUGAAACCAAGCAGAUAAUUAAAAGUUUUAAAGUACUGUGUAUCAAUAUUUUGUGUAGCUGGAAACAAAUCCGUUGAAGGAAACUCUUCUUGGGAAGAAUUUUUGUCUGUUCAGUAGUGGUAUGCCAAUCACUUCCUCAGUCUUAAGCAUUUGAAAUAUUUGAUGUAGGAAAUGAGUUGAAGAAAAAUAUUUGACAUAGGAAAAUUCGGAAAUUCAAACACAACCACCUCUAGUGGAUGAGGCAUGUAAUUAUUUUACCCUGAAAAAAACUUGUCAGUAAUUUUGAGUUUUCCACUAGCUACAAUGCUUUCAGAAUUUGUUUAGCACUCCAGAAAACAUUUGUGACAGAUAAAUAAAUUUAUUAUUCGGGCAAAAUUUUCUUCAAAGCGUAAAUAUCUGUGUAUUUGCUUUUAUUUUAUUUUAAUUCGGGCUCCUGAAAUUAAUAUUCGUAUUCAAGGCAACAAUUUAAGAAUAUUUGGAUUUGAGAAAAAUUGUUUUCGGCCAACCACUGCUUUUGAGCGAUUUUUUUAAACUUAUUAUUUAUUUUUUAUUUAACCGAAUUUUUUUAAUAUAAUUUUUUGAAGCCUAAUAUUAUGUGACUUAAUUUAAUAUGAAGUGGAUUUGAAAAUUUUGAUUGUAGACCAUUCCACUUAAGAAAUUUGGAUAAGAUGUUUGUUUUCUCAAUUUGUUUUCUGUUUUCUGAUGGAGAAUUUUGGGUAGUGAAACAGCCGUUUUAAAACGUGUGUAUUGAGGAAAAUAAUUUUGUGGAUUUUUGAUGUUGAAUUGAAAAAUGGUGUUUCAGGAAUCGUGUUUCGACCUGUAAUCUAAAUGAAAUUUGUGGAAAAUUUAAAGUAAGGUAUGUUAGUAGUCAUAGUAAUUAAGUUUUAGGAGAAAGCAUUCAAAUAAAAAUUCAAGAAAAGAAUUACAGAAUUUCUUCAAAACUAAUCUUAGUAGAAUUAAUGCAUAUUAUCACACAUGUUGGUAGCCUUCACAUAGCUCAUACCAGGCCAUGUGUGUUGAAUUAUUUCAAGAUAGGCUUACAAUCAGGAAUGAUUUUUCAUAGUUGAUGUCAAAAAUGUUCAAAUUGGGAGAAAUGCACUGUGGAAUGCCAAAUUUGUUCUCGAUCUUGUGUCAGUUCCACAAAUUUAACAAACCGUGUAAAUCUUGGCUUGGAAAUGUGACAUAUUCUUGCUUGUAAGGUAUUCAAGGAAUUGUUCGUUGCUGCUGCAAUGUUCAGUAACUUGACGCAUAUCUGAUGUGUUCUGUAGCGAAGUAAAUUUCUUUACUAAAUGAUGUUUUGUACAACAAAAUUAAGUUCUUGGCAGGGAUGUGUUAGUUUAUAAUUUAAAAAUUGAUCAAGUUACCUAUUUGUAAGAGGUCUAAACCUUAUUAUAUCUUACUGGUAAGGGAUUUAAUAAAUCUAUUGUUGAUACUCAACAUGUGCAAAGUGAAUAAGAAUGGUAAAAAGCCUGCCCAAGAUGGAAAUGGAGGUAAAGUGAUGGUAAUAGAAAAAUAAUUUGCCAGCUCAUUGAAUAAUAAUUACUGCCUUAUUGCUAAUGCUGGCACUUCCAUACCAGUGCAUUAAUGCAAUCUAAAUUCAAGUGAUUUUUUGCUGUUUUUUUUAAUAAAAAAUAAUGUCAAUGGUGGCUGUUAUAAGAGUAUGUUUUGCUGUAAAAUUUAAGUACAUUUAGAAGUCCUGUGUUCAGUUUCUGCUUUCACACUGUGUACGUUUCAAAACUAACAUUGCUUGUACGUCUGUCAUGUUGUGUGAAAAUGUGGAAUUAAUGCAGUAUAUAUCCACAGUACACAGUAAAACAUGUUACAAUGUAACAGUAUGUCUAGGUGGAUAAUUAGUGGAGCUAGACAGAUACCGAUUUACAAUCAUUUAAUUGGCCAAUAUUGUCUGAUGGAUUGUCACAAUCGGAAUCAUGGCCGCCGAUAUUUCACGCUGAUCAGCUACCGUAUUUUUCUGCAGAAGGGUAGCCCCUGUGUAUGAAUCGCACUAUAUAUCUGUCUUCAGUAGAGUCCACAGAUACAAGAAAGUUAUAUUAUGCGUCUAAGUUAAUUGUUCUUCGGCGCAUAAGAAAUAUGUUACUUUUUAUCCUUGGUCCUUUGUCAGCUUUCUGAUUUACUACAUUAUUUACUCUCCCUCUUCCAAACUUUAUGACCCAUUCUUUUCCUGCGCCACCUAACAAAAGACAACGUAAAAUAAUGCUAUUUUUUAUACCAGUGUUUCCCUUCAUGUCUAUUGCAUAUAUUUUUGUUUACCUAGUCCCUUUCCCGAAGAGAGGAAAGGCAUUAAGCUAAUCUUUGUCAGUUGCUUCUAUAAAAACUAGCAUGCUUGCUGGUAAUGUAUUUUUUUGUAAGCGACUUGUGUUUGAUGUAAUCAAAAUUUUUCGAUCAUCUUUAGAUAUUGCAUGUUUAAAACUUCACUGUGGUAUUUGAUAAAAGUACAGUUUAUACUUCAUACUGCAUUUGAAAUAAAGGUUUGCAAAUAAACCAAUUUUUCCUAGUUAUGGGUUACAUAGAUAAACAAUGGCAGAUAUUUACUGUGUUUGGUUUCAUUUAAAUGUGAAUAUUGUUCCAAACAGAAAAAAAAAUAAAGGAAAAAAAUAAAAACAAAUGCUAUUCUUGCAGCCCAUUAGACAAUACCAGCGUGAUUUUAUUUCAGUUAGCAGUGUGGUUGCAAGUAAUGUACAGUACAGCUCUAUCAUUCUAGUCAAUGGUUCGACACAUUCUUUAAUCCAGCACCGAUAAAGCAGUUUGCUUUCAGGUCUUCUCAGAUGCAGGGUUGGCUGAUUUAAACCACAGUUUGAACAAAGUGGUUUUUAUAUUAAAAACAAAAAAAAAAUUUUUAAAAAACAGAAUAUCAUGAUAUUUUUAAUGAAAGUUUAAUUCCACUCUAAUAAAAAAGUUUGCUCAUUAAUGUUCGCUGUGAUUUACAUGAACAAAAAAAUAUGUACUAAUCAAGAUAUUAUCAUUUAAAAUUAUCUGAAAAAGUUUUAAAUUAUACCCAGCUAAAUACUUCUAUAAAAUUAAAUAUUGAAUUGUAGUCGGUGCAAAAAAAGAAUAAAUAAAUAUAUUAUUAAAAAAAAAAUUCAUAUUCUGUGGGAAAUCCCAGACUACUGUAAAUCCCCAUUUCUGUGAGAGAAACACUCCUGUGGGGAAAUAUCCUUUGUGGUUAAGUUCCCGUCAGAUUUGCAGAUUUGCAGUUUUGCAGGACUUCAGAUCUUUGAUGAUAUAACUUUUCUGGAUCAACAUGAGUGGCAGAGAGUGGAAUGUUGUGUGGCUUUCAUUUGAACAUGCUGAGAAACAAAAUAACUAAUGUAUGGUAAUAAAAAAAAUGCUGGUUUGAACCUAAUUAACUUGGUUUAAAUAAAAAAAUUUGUGUGCUGAAUCCUCAUGGGAUGGAAAUGAAACUUCUUGCUUAUUAUUAGGUAUAGAAAACAUAAUUCUCUUUGGCUGAGGUCAAAGGUAAAAAAAAUUGUAAGUAUGUGAUUGUUAAAUAAUGUUGUUGCGCAAGUGUGCAAGUAUGCUGCGUCAUUUCUACCUCUCCCCUGCUGUCUCUUCCUACACAGGUUCCCCCACCACGUACCUAACUAUAUCUUUCAUGUGAUCUGAUUUUUUGUAACUUUCAAAACUCUCGGCAAAGAAGUUUAACUUAAAAGACCAGGGGUUACUUAUAAACCUGCUCAGUAGCUUACGGCUGUUAUCCCCGGCUGCCAGGUUGAAUUGCUGUGCUGCCCACAUUUCUAAUUCACUCAGAGUUUAUCGCUACUGUCGAUUAGCAUUUCAUUACAGUGUUUUCUGUUUUAUUUCAGUCCCCAUUUAAAAUUUCACAGGUACAUUUCCAUAAAAUUUGUUUAAGAUCAACCACUCUCAUUUGUCUUUUCUUUUGCCAACAACAGACAUUAUCAGCUUAUUUCAACUUGUUUUAAAUAGUACCAUUGUAACUGUAUGUUCGUAUUUAUUUGAUAUUCCUGCCUGUUAAAACUACAAUAGAACCCUCUUUAAGAAAAAGCAACUUUUUCCUGGAUAUUAGGUUUUAAAAUCACUGGGCCUACUAAUACAUUCAUUUUUAUUCUUUUAAAAAAAUUUCGCUGUUUUAAAAGUAUAAAUUUAUAUGUACCCUGAAAAACCUCGUAACAGGGCUGCACUGUGUAUUGACGUUCAAUAAUCCGUCGCGGUAGUGUUCCGGCAUGUGGCAGAUCUAAACAACCUCCUGUGGAGUCAUUGUGGAAGUAGACUGCUGUGUUGGGAGAAAAUUAAAGUGUUUAUCUGAUGUAAAGGUUCGGCUUUACUCACCAUGGUGAGUUAUUAUUUUUUGCUAAUUUCUGAUUUUUACGAAGAAAUAUUUUAAAAAUGUGACUUCAAAAAAUUGUAUACUUUGCCUAGCUGAAAAGUGUUUGUAUAGGUGACUUGCCGGACUUAUUUAUUUGUUCAUUACAAAUAUCAUGUAGCAUAUAUCUUUCAGAUAAAAAAUUUGCAAACCAUGCAGUGCUUGUAUUGUGAAACAUUUGUAGGGAUUGUCCACUAAUCAAACUUGGCGACAAUGAAAAUGUGAACACCGAACAUUGGGGUAAAGCCGGACCAUAAGUGUAUGUUUAAACGGGCACUGUUUAUGUUCCAUUGCAAAGAGUCUUCACCAUUUUUUUGCUGAUGUAAAUCUGUAUGUGUUAAAAAGCAAUUAUGGCAAAACACAAUUCCAAAUUUUGGUAGCUUUAGCAUUGGUAUUUGUUCAAGACCUCAUAAUGUGCUUGAUAAGCUCACAAGAAUAGUUAGCAAGGAAAGUGGAAAAUCAAAAUGUGUCUGUGUGUAGUUGUAAAAUAAAUGUGUUGUACAGAGAGAUAUAAUUGUAACUAAAGUUAAUUUUGAUGUAUGUAUUUAACUUACUAACAUCUAAAUGUACAUAUUCUAACGUAAUAUUUCCAGAGGGACCAGAUAGAGCAACGAUGUUUGUGUUUUUUUUGUAGCAGUUGAUUAGAUUGCAGUUUUAUACCCAUGAAGAAUAUAAAUGUUUGUAGUAGUAAAGUUCUUGCUUCUCUCAAAUAAUAAUGUACAUCUUAUAUAAAACUAUUAGGUAAAGUUCAAGGAACAUUUUUGUUUUUCAAACUAAGCUGACAACAUAUACAAAUUUUUACAUUCAUACAAUAUUGUUGCAAAAAAUUUUUCAGUACUUGUGUACCGUACUUGAUUUUUUUUAGUGUUGCCAGCUAUCCAAAAUGCUGUUGCCAAAGCUCUAUUGUGUUUGUAAUGAUAAGCCUUAAAAAAAAGCCUAAAAAAGUUUCAGUAAAGAAAUAUUGUUAUUACCGUAUUUACCUGAGAAUUCUGCAUCUCUGAAUAUAAUGCGACCCCAAACUUUUUGAUUGAGAGUCUAGGAGAAAUAAUGUAGAAAUCACAGUUAAAAUAUAAAAUUAUGGACAGGAAAUCACAGUUAAAAAACAAAGCACUUAAUAUUAAAAAAAAAAUUAAAUAUGUAAUAAAAUUUAAAUAGUUAAAUUUGCCUAGUUGAGUUUGUCACAACACUAAACAAUAGUACUAUAUACAUUAACACUUAUUUGACAUACCUGUUGAUAUAUUAACAGAGUUUGUUAUGAUGCUGGUAAGAAUAAUCAUUCACUUUGUGUCUGCAAUGCUGCUGCUGCUACUGCUGACACUGCCGUUAUCUUCGUCUUGCCAGCACAGAUCGUCUUACGUGCCAUUCAUGGCACGGAUGGUUUCGUAAUUUUACCCAGUCGGUGUCGGAUAAUAGUCACCCGUAAGCAGCCAAUCACUAUACUGUGGCCGAAGGUGGUUCUUAAAGGCUUGAUUACGACAACGAGAACUUGUAGCUGGCUUGUCAUUCCAGCUGGUAUAACAACCAAGUCUGUGUUAAAAUUAUUUAUCGUAGUUUUAACCUCAGGUGCCAGAUGUGCACGAGAUGCAUCAAGGACCAACAUUAUACUUUUCUUCAGAAGUACACCCGGGUGGAUAUUCCACACCAGUCGUAACCAUUCUUGCAUUAAAUCACUCGUCAUCCAGCCUUGUUCUUGACAACGAAUGAUUACGUCCGGCAGAAAUGCUUCUUUGGGAAGAGUUUUCGUUUUUAAGAUGGAUGUUGGCAGUUUCUUGCCAUCUGCCGAAACAGAUAACAUCACAGUGACUCGCAACUUCUCAUUUCCAGUUGUGCGCACGGUGACAGCCAUUUACGCCUUUUGUUUCAACGGUACAUAAUGUUGCUGGGCAUGUCAAAAUACACUGCCAUUUCGUCAGCGUUUCCAAUUUGGCUGUACAAAUAAUUGUGUUGUUUACGCAAACCAAUCACAUGGUGCCUAAAGUUAAUCAAUUUCUCUUGUGAAAUCUUUUGGCAGUUUUUGCGCUAUUCUUGUUCUGCGACGCAAACAAAAACCGCAAUGGUGCAUCAUUCUUAAGCACCAACCAGUACUUGAUGGAAGCUAGUCUGCGGAACGUUCAAUUCACGGGCAAUAUCUUUGGCUUUUAAUUUUAUUAUGUCUCGUGAAAUUGGAAUUCGGUCUCCUCUCUUCUUUACCGCAGGGGUUUCAAUAUCCGAGAACCGUCCCUUUUGAGGCCUUCUGAAUGCUUUCCUCAAACCAUUUGCAUUCUUGAGAUGAAGAAAAUGCCCCCUCCAAUUACGCACGUUGCUUUCAGUAACGUCAUAUUUACGAGCAGAUUGGCAGUUGGUUUGAAUUGCGUGAUUUGCCACUGUAAUCUUAAAGUUAGCAUUGUAACUUCGUCUCAGUCUUAAUGACAUUUUAAAUUGUGAUCUCCCACGCGCCUCUACACUAUCCAUUUUAUAAAAAAAAAUUUCCCUUUCCUACAAUGCAAAACAAAAGUACAUACAAGCGACCAAACGACAAUCACUUCUAAUCAUAGAAUAAAGAGUAGUGCUUCUAAUACUGACCCAAGCGCUGAUUAGUAGUGCUGUUACUUCACGCUUUGGCCGCAUCACUGGCACCGGCGGUGACCUUGACAUAGUUGUCUUGCCGUUUCAAAACAUUCUUCCAGCAGCAAAGAUACAGGUUUCCGUGUAUACUGCGACCCUUACUUUCAGUUUAAGAAGUUUUGACAAAAAUCAUCGCAUUAUAUUGAGGUAAAUACGGUAUUUUGUUUUAUGGAUGAUAUGGUGUAAUGUUAGUUAUGGUAUAACUCGUUGAGAAGCAAACACAUUUGUUAGUUAAGUAUUGCUGUUACAUUUGCUUGUAAAUUAUUAAUUGGAUAAAGAAUAAUAUUUUGAAUACUAUAAUAUGAAAUCACCUUUAAACCACUCACUAUUAAAUACUAGGAGAAUUAUUUAAUAAUAUUUGUGUAAUAAUUUGGUUAUCAUUCACUUAUUCAAGUUAAAAAAAAAUAAUUUCAUUAUGUUCUCAGUUCAGAAAUGCAGUUGCUGAAGAUACUGUUUAUUAUGUGGUUUAUUUACUUUUAAAUUCAGUUUGAUAACAGUGUGUCACUAUUACCACUACUAACUAGUAUGUGAAGUAGAACUUGUGUCUCAAUAUGUUACAUCAAUUUGUUUUUGAGUUGUGCUUGAAUUAAUUAGUUGGCAUUCUUAAUAAACUAGUGACUUCAUUUUUGGAAUUUAGUGUCUAAAAUUCAUGGAGCUGUGAAAGGAUUCUGAUUCCCAAAAUAACUUUGUUGUUUUUUGCUAUUGUUUUAACUGAAUCUUUGAUUACGAUGAAACUUAAAAUUAAAUUUGAAAAUAAAUUAAUUCUUUGGCAGGUAUUACAAUUACCUAACAUUUUUGUAUUUUGAUUGGUUGCUGGAGUAACAGAAGCAUCAACAUAAUUGAGCUAUUAUGUCCUAUUUACAUUGCAUGUAGUGCUAGAUAACAUGUUUGGGUUAAGAAUACAGUACGUACUUUGGCAGUUCUGAAAUUUAGUUGAGAAAAAUAAGAAUCACAUAUUUUUUUUGAAUGGACUGUCUUAAGUUUUUUUUUUUUGCUUGAUCAAUUUCCAAUAUGUGCAUUGUGAAAAUGUUAUGCUGUCUGCUGUUCCCAAAAUAAAGUUCAAUAUUGGAUUUGGUUUCACUGCAUUGUUAUUCCCAACAUCGUUAAAGAGAUAAAUUGCC